UCCCCUGGCUCCGCCAUGGAUUCUCCCACCCUGCGUCACGUACUCGCCCUGCGUCACGUGGGGUACGUGGCGGCACCAGCAGCUCCGCAUGGUCCGCGCGGUCCACGAAGUGGGUCGCGACCACGGAUCUCCAGCCGCAUUGCUCUGGUGAGCACGGCCACCAGCCUGCUGCGGCCGAGCCGGGCACACUGUGGCCGUGCCGGCCGUGCCGGGCGUGCCGGGCGUGCCGGGCGUGCCGGGCGUGCCGGGCGUCUGGCGUCUGCUGCGGAGCUGAGGGGCGAUGCUUGGUUGGAAGCUUCCAAUUUCCCACGGCAGCUCUGGGAUUUGACCUCGGAUGAGCUUGAGAAACUGCGCGAGGAAGGACGCGUGCAAAAGCAAGCGCGUGCAGGCAAGAAAGGCUGGGGCUUGGUCCGCAUCAACGUCCGAGCGCCUGAGCAAGUGGUUUUUGCGUGCUUGCAGGACUUCCAGCGCUACCCUUCGAUGAUCUCCGCCAUCCGCGCCGCCGAAGUCCACCGAGCCGCUGGAAGCGCCGUGCGCUGCAGCUACCGCAUCACGAAACUUUGGCUGGAAGUUCCCACCGUCCAUCAGGUGGAACCGACGCAGGGCCGCGUGACCUUUGACAUCGAUCCUGCAGCCACAGGGCUGGUCUUACGGGAGGCCUCUGGCUUUUGGCAAGUUCGUUCUAACCGUGGAAAUCCCGUGGAAAGCCGUGUGGUUUUCCGUGUCUUUGCUCACGCCUCUGAUCUGAUGCCCAACUGGCUGGUGGAGUAUGGCGCCAGGAAAUGCCUCAAGAGGGCUACAGCUUGGCUGAAACCCUAUGCGGAGCAGCUCUGGACAAUGCAGCGACGUACUGAGCGGUGAAA